GCUCGCGAACGCAACACAGGCGACUCAGUUCCCUUCCGUUGGUUUCGUGAUCACGUGACGACGUACGAGUCACAUGACGCUAUCUCAUGCACCACAUCCUACAACAAAUCGAAAACAAGCCCUCUUGCUUGUCAUUUUCUGUCUUUUCAACACAAGUAGACCUUCCGCGGCGCUUCAGCAAACAUUUAAACAGAUAAAAGGGUGAGCUCUCAGGGGGAUCGUUUGGAGUCUCCAGCCAGACUGGGUUAGCAGGACUGUAGCUCAUGGAGGCUGAGGGAAUGGAAGAGGAAGGACAUUCGUCCCAGAGCGAACUUCCAGAUCUGCAGUCAACUCAGCAGCAGCAGCACCAGCCACUGGAUCUGCAAAGCUCAACCCCGGUUGAGAAUAUAUAUGUGAAUAAGAAAGUAACGGACAAACUGACAGAGGGGUUUCUUUCUAAUUACCUCCCAGACCUACAGAACUCUAAACGAGCCCUUCAGGAGCUCACACAAAACCAGCUGAUACUUUUAGACACACUGGAUCAAGAAGUCACCAAGUUCAGAGAGUGCAACACCUUGCUGGAUCUCAAUUCUCUGUUUACAGAAGCCAAAGUUUACCAAAGUAAACUGGUCAACAUAAGGAAAGAGAUGAUCAUGCUUCAUGAAAAGACAACAAAGCUUAAGAAAAGAGCGUUGAAGCUGCAGCAACAGAAGCAGAAGGAGGCGCUGGAGAAGGAGCAACAACGUGAGAAGGAGCUGGAAAGAGAGAGGCAGCUUAUAGCCAAACCUGCUAAAAGAACAUAGAAUCCUCAACAAUGGCUGCUGUAUUGAAGGACCACAGCGUGGAUUGACUACAUAUCUACUGAACAUCACAUUACUUUUAACCAUUUUCCAAUAACUUCUUUUUUAUUUGUUUGACAACCCAUGAUAAGAUUGCCAGACAGCUGGAAACUACAGCUAUUUGAAAAACAGAAAGAAAUUAGAUCCACCAGACAUCACAGUAGAAAUGUUUAUGUUUACUAAAUGUCUUUUGUUUGAAUAUAAGUCAUUAUAACAUUUUACUUUUCAAAAAGUAGCACCAGCCUCAUAUAACGGUUCCAUUCUACCAGAAUCACAACAUUUUCUGAUUUGCUCAAACCGCUUCUUUUGCAUAUUUUGGUUUGUGCACCUUAUUAGUGAGUCGUUUGUUCCAAUGACUUUGCUUUGCCUUAUUCACCUGCAUCCGCACACCUGAAGGCCUUAGAGAUUAAUGUCCUUCAACAGCAAUUAACACCAGACCACGAAUGUCAGAGGUUUGAAUUAAACUUCACAAGGAGCCUAUUCUCCAAAAGAUAAAUCCAAUUUUAUAGUAUUUAUGGAUUCUGUGUGAUGGAUCAGUGCUCUGUGUGGGAUGUUUUUUACAAUCACUAUUAUUUAAAGGCAAGUUAAAUCAGUUUCGUUUGUUCAAAUGCACCGACACAUUUCCAUGUGGCUGUGCACGUAUUUAAACGAGACCAACGUCUAACCGAUCGAAAAGUUUAGCAUUUUAAAGUGUGCAUUCAACUUAAUUAUUAAUAAAAUAAUCUACUUUUUCCUUGGUUAAUUCGAAACUCUUUUUAGACUCAUUGGAAAAUGGUUACCUCCAUAAAAACCUUAUUGCGAUAUUUAGUAAAUGGAACAAAACAUGAGAUGUUUGUGUUUGGUGGAUCAUAUCAGAGUUUGCCAAGAACACAAGAAACCAAAGAAAUGAACUUUAUCAUCAAACGCUGGUGUUCCUGCUCUCCUCUGCUGAUGAUGCACAAAUGUGUAAACUUUUAUGAGUGCAGAACAAAUGCUUUUCUCUGUCAGACAAUGAUCUGAGACCAUUACUGUGUCUUUUGUCAAAGUAUUAGUACGUAUUGUCUCUGAUCGUCAUGCCGUUUAGUGAUAAAUGUUGUAAAAUCAGCGUGUUAUUUAAAAAGGUUCUGCACUGAAUUCGAUUGCUGCUGGAGGCCACAUAGUGUAUAGUAUUAUGACGAUAUGGAUGAUAAAAUGUACCAAAAUCUUCAGUAUCAUCUGUUAGGCUCCUUCUUUCAGAAGCGUCUAUGCACUAGUGCUUUUCAAACUGCAGUGUUUAUACAGUUAAUAAUAAAAUCCAUUUAAGAACUUG